AAACAGACAACUGCACAUACAUCUAAAGGACAAUUUAUUGUCCCAAAUAUCAAAAAUGUUUUGUGAGAACAGUAAAACUUUUUCUUUUGGAUGUUUCAGGCAAAUCUAAAAAAGUGUUCAAUGCUAAAUAUCUAGUGACAUGAAUCGAACCCUACUAACUAUUCAACAUGAUUCAUAAUAAAAGGAAUCCAAGAAGGUGGGGUUUUUUUCUCUUUUAAGACUUAACUCAGGGUAUCUGUCAGCCAGCCUUCUAUCUUCAGUGUGUGAAUGGAGAGUCUGACUUAUCUGGUCCAACGUCACUAAAGCUGUUGGUAUUUUUAGGUGGACACUUGCAGUGGAAGCAGCUGCUAAAGCGUUUAAUGCUCCCCCAACCCUCAGUCCCAGCCCCCCUUACACUGACUCUUUAGCUGUCAGACAAUGACGGAAUCAGUGUUGAUGCAUACACCACGCCGCUAGCCGGGAAAGUGUGAUCAUUUCCCUCUUAGCCGCCGGCAACCGCACAUCGAACAUACAAGACGUGACAGAGGAAUAGCACCUGAAACCGUGGCUCCCAAACUGUGAAUGGAGGCUUUUCUUUUUCAAACUUGCAAAAAGAAGGUGCCAUGUUUCCUUCACAAACCAAGAGGAUAAAGAGGGAAAACAGAAUAGAGCUUAAUGAAUGAUAUAUAGAAAAGCCGGUUGAUAUUUUUCUGAAUUGAACUUAAGAGGGGACAAUUCUGAACAAAGAAACGAAAAGUGCUUCCUCAACAAAGUGAAACACUUUCCUCUGGAAAACUACAGAUAAAACUAUAGAAAACUUUAAUUUAAAGACAAAACGUCAUGGAUAUCUUUGGUGGUGCUCCUCGUGUCCUCGGUUAUCCGCGCCCUGUGGUGGCACAAUGUGGAACAGACGCAACCCUGAGGUGCCAGAUUAGCGGAGACCCGCGUCCAGAUGUCAUCUGGGAGCGUAAAAAUGUUCAAAUCUUGCCUGAAAAACGAUACAAGAUCUCAGAGGAAGGAAAGCUGUACUUGCUGACUAUAACUGGAGUGACCCAACAGGACGCCGGCCAGUACAUCUGCAAGGCUCGAAAUAGCAUUGGGGAAACGUAUGCAGCAGCUUCUCUUAAAGUAGAAGGAGAGGCCCCGGUGGAAGAAACGGAACCCCACUUAGGGGUUAAUGGUCUUUCAGAAAAAGAAAAUGGAGUGCACCUUAAUGGAUACAGUAUAGUGCAAAAUGGUGUAAAGGAGCAAGAAAUAAAAGACGAGAACAAGUGGAAUGAUAAGUCAAGUGAAAAACUUAAAGAUGAUGAUUUACCGUCCAAUGAUAAGCCACGGUUUCUCAUUAAGCCCUUAUCGCUUCGUGUUGAUCGCGGAGAAGAUGCUGCAUUCUCUUGCAAACUCUGGGGCACACCUCUACCCGAAGUUACUUGGGAAAAAGAUGGGAAAAAGCUGAAUGAUAUUUUUGAGAGCUCACACUUCAGCGUGACCAAUCAGGAUGGCGGCUGGUUCCAACUCAAGAUCUACAGGACUCGCAUGCCAGACAAGGGUGUUUAUACCUGCAAGGCAGUAAACUGUCAUGGAGAGGCCCUGGCUGGGGCUAUCCUGCUUGUAGAGUCUGUCCCAGAAAGAGAGGACAGUAGAAUGUCCUUAAGCAGUCGUUCCAACAGCCAGUGGUCACCAAAGCCAAGAGGCGGGCGGCUGAGUUUGUCGAAGCUGGUGGAGGAGCCUUCGGUCAGUGCGUCCAAGGUGAAAAAGUUUGCAGUCUCAGAAGGAAAGCAUGCCAAGUUUCGCUGCUUUGUGACAGGCAAGCCAAAGCCUGAAAUAAUCUGGAAGAAAGACGGAGUUCCCCUUGAGCCUGGCAGGCGUCAUUUGAUCUUUGAGGACAGAGAGGGAUACUACACUUUGAAAGUUCUGUACUGUAAGGUGGAGGAUACGGGGCUGUAUGUGUGUGCUGCAUCAAACGCUCUAGGAAAUACCCUUAGUGCUGUCCACCUGACUGUGAAAGGUCAUGCUGUAAAGUUCCGACGGCCAUUAAAGGACGCGGAAGUGAAGGAGAGGGAUGCGGCUGUGCUGGAAUGUGAGGUUCCAGAUGAGACGGUCCAAGCGGCAUGGUACCUUGAAGACCAGAGGCUGAUGCCCAGCAGUAAAUACGCAAUGGAGCAGAAAGGAACACGGAGAAGACUUACUAUUCACGAUGUUGGAACAGAUGACGAUGGAGUCUACCUAUGUGAAAUGCCCAAUGGUGCGAAGAGCAUUGCAGAGCUAUCAGUUAAAGGUACUAUUAUGCGAAAACUUCCUCGGAAACUGGAGGUCCUGGAAGGCGAGAAUGCAGCCUUCUGCGUCGAGGUGGAAAACGACGAUAUGGAGGUCCACUGGUUUAAAGACGGCUUGAAGCUCCAUGAGACGCACCAAACCAUCCUUAAGUCUUUCGGCAAAACUCAUAUUCUGGUCUUUGUCAAUGUGGCCUAUCAAGACUCCGGGGUCGUGACAUUUGUAGUCGGAAGAUCCAAAACAUCAUCUCGACUUAAAGUUAAAGCCACAAGACACUGUCCUCCCAUUUGCCCAGCGGAAGUUAAGAUGGACAUUGACAGGCCCAAUAGUGCUUUACUCAGCUGGGAGCCCGCCCCCAACAGCCAGACCUCCACCAGAUCCAUAUUUGUGCUGGAGAUGCAAGAGGUAGGCUCACAAGAGUGGCACAAGUGUUUCACCUCAGAGACAGCCACCUCGGCGGAGGUCACCGGUGACGCUGUGCCAUGUGAAGGAAACUACCGCUUCCGUGUCUGCAGCAUCAACAAGUACGGACGAAGCGGUCAUGUAGAGUUUCCAAAAGUUGUCCAUCUUGCCCCUGGACCUAAAAUUCACAGGAAUCUUAAGAGCUGUGAGCUGAUGGAAGGGGAAGAUGCUCACUUCUCCAUCGAGUUGUCAGCGUCAAUGCCUGGAACUUGGUUUCUAAACAGUUCUCAAUUAAAGCACGGAGGACGGCAUUCAAUACAGCAAAAGCGAACAACCCACUCACUUGUGAUUCAUAAAACUCAAAUGGCUGAAGACAUGGCCGAAAUCACGUUCAUAGCCAACGGAGUCAGAGAUUCAGCGGUACUCAAGGUCAAACCUGUUGUGGCAAAUUUCAGUCCACUGUCUGAGGUAGAUCUCAACAAGACAGUGGACACAGGUGAUGCCAUCGUCCUCUAUUGUGAGGUCUCCCAUCCCCUCGCAAAUGUUUCCUGGUUCAAAGAUGGCAAUGCCCUGGAGGUAAUGGAAGGCCUCAACAUCCAGGCAGAGGGCAAUAUGCGGAGAAUCGUGAUCCAGUCUGCUAAUGCUUCACACUCGGGAGUCUAUACUUGUCAAAUGCCUGGGGAUCUUGUCACUUUUAAUGUAGACGUUGCAGGCCCCCCUGUAGAAUUUACUCCAGUGCAGGAAGAGGAGCUCAUUAAGAGCAGCAUGGAGCUGGAUCCAGUAGUGCUGCUGUGCCACGUCUCCAGAGAAGAUGCUGAAGUCAAAUGGUAUAAAGAUGGUCAGGAGGUCCAGGCAAGUGACAACAUAACUCUCCAGGUGGAAGGAACCAUGAGGAGGCUAAUCAUUCGCUCUGCAGAAAGCUCAGAUGCUGGUUGCUACACCUGCCAGGCAGGAAAGAACAACAUGGUGUUCACUGUCAAUGUCAAGGAACCUCCAGUUGUGAUUGUGGAGCCUAAAGAGGACGUAGUGAUGAAGAUAUCCAUACCGGAGGAGAUAAACUUGCAGUGCGAGUUGUCUCGCUCCAAUGGAAAGGUGCAAUGGUUGAAGGAUGGCGAGGAAGUGCAGGAAAGUGACUCAGUCCGACUGAUGUCAGAAGGCCCUUACAGAAAACUGACCAUCCUUUCAAGCUGUACGGAGGACAGUGGGGAGUAUGUCUGUGAAACUGAUGGAGACUCUGUCUUCUUCCAGGUCACUGCAACAGAACCACCUGUGAGAAUUAUUUCUCCAAGCGAGUCGGAAGUAGAAGUGACACACUUGGCGUCAGAGAGGCUGGAGCUAUGCUGUGAGAUCUCCAAAGAGGAUGCUCCAGUUCGGUGGUACAAAGACAAUCUAGAAGUAGAGGCGGGUCCUAACUUGAUCCUGGAGGAGGAUGGAGCCAAACGACUGCUAGUUAUACCCUUAGCGACAGUGGACGAUACAGGGGAGUAUGUAUGUGACACUGAAGAUGAUUCUAUGGCCUUCUUGGUUACUGUUGCAGAGCCGCCAAUCAUACUUACUCGACCCAAAAACAUACCGGAAAAACUGGUUAGCACAGCGGGUAAACCAAUAGUUUUGGAGAUUGAAGUGUCGCGGCCGACAGCAGAAGUCAAAUGGUGCUUUAAUGGCAAAGAAGUAAAGCAAAGCACCAACAUCACCAUAGCAGAAGAUGAGUUCAUCCGCCGACUAACCGUCCACUCGCCAACUCCAGAAGAUUCUGGGAAAUAUACUUGCUACGCAACCGAUGACAAAAUCGACUUCCAAGUCAAAGUUUUAGAGCCUCCGGUGUCCAUCUUAAGAAAGUCAGAGAUCAAGACAGACCUGAAGUUUAUGGUUUCAGAUGACAUUGUCCUAGAGUGUGAGCUCUCUAGGGAUAACGCUAAAGCCAAGUGGUACAAGGAUGGUGUCCGUGUAGAGGGUGAUGAAAGGUUUUGUGAGGAGGAAGAAGGAGCAUUCCGCUCACUUGUCAUCCUCAAUGCUGAGCUCACGGAUUCGGGAGAAUACUUCUUGGAUGUUGGAGAUGACAGUAUCAGUUUCCAAGUUUCAGUAAAAGAGCCACCAGUGACCAUUGUAGGAAACUCGUAUGACCCUGAUCACCAGGAGAUGGUGGCAGGGGACGACCUGAUACUUGCCUGUGAAGUGUCCCGUGCCAAUGCCCCUGUUAGCUGGUACUGCAAUGACAAACUGCUCAUGUGUGAUUCCCGCACUUCCAUCGAAAGCUACGGAGCGGUGAGAAAACUUAUAAUCUCCUGCGUCCAACCAUCUGACUCAGGGAAGUAUACUUGUGAUGCCACGGACGAUAAGAUGAUCUGCACAGUCAGGAUUCAAGAAACUCCGGUAACAUUUGUGAACAAGGAGGAGGAUAUUGUCGUGACAGGCUACGAAGCAGAGAGCGUGACCUUGACAAGCUAUGUGUCCAAGGAAAGUGCUCUUGUGCGUUGGCUUAAAGAUUGGACACCUGUCGAGGGCGAACGAUUUAAAACCCUCAUGGAAGGUCAUACACGUACUCUCACCAUUGAGCCCUUGAGACGUUCUGAUGCCGGCGAGUACACGUGUGAUGCUAACACCGACCAACUCCACUUCAGUCUGCUGGUUAAAGAGAUGAGAAUCAAGUUUGUAAGGCCGCUCCGAGACACUGUGGCUCAUGCCGAUGGCAUGGUGACCCUACGGUGUGAGGUUUGCAAACCAAAAGCAGAUGUCCAGUGGCUAAAAAAUGGUGAGGAGGUGGUGCCAAGCAGAAGAUUCUCCAUCCGGGCAGAUGGGGUUGAACGAAGUUUGACUAUUCACCGUUUAACCAGAGAAGAUGCGGGCGAGUAUACUUGUGAGUCCAGAGACGACCGGACCUCUGCAGUACUGAGAGUGAAAAUGCCUCGGGUGGUUGAGUUUCUCACUGAGCUCCACAACACUACUGUGAUGGAAGGAGAAGAUGCCACCUUCAAGUGUGUCGUCUCUCCUGAGGAUGUCCAGUUAGUCUGGCUCAUGGAUAAUGAGCCCAUCGCGUUGGGUGAUCGUUUCCAAGCAACCCAAAAUGGCCUGUGUCACACCUUAGUGAUCAAAAAAUGCCAGCUGUUGGACAACUCAAAGAUUUCAGCAGAAGCUGAAGGAAAGAUGACCAAAGCCAGUCUCAAAGUUCAAGAGGCUCAGGUCAUGUUCACAAAGAAAAUGGAAGCUGUUAUGGCAGAGGAGUUUGGCGAAGCCACCUUGGAAACAGAGAUAAGCCUGGAGACAGGCGAGGUUCAAUGGAUGAGGCAAGGGGUGGUAAUCCAGUCUGGCCCCCGCUACACAGUGGCCCAAAAUGGGUGCAAACGCAGCCUUACCAUUCGGAACCUGACCUUGUCGGACCGGGGAACCUAUCGCUGUGAGACCCUGCAUGACCGAGCGCAGGUCAAACUCAAUGUAGAACCUCGAAAAAUCUCCAUCCGCAAAGGCCUGACUGACCAAGAAACGGUGGAACGUGAGACCGCCUCUUUUGAGGUGGAGCUUUCUCACACAGACGUGGAAGGUAUUUGGCAGAAAGACGGCAUCCGACUGAAGCCCAAUAACCAGUUCAGAGUGAGCGCCAAUGGCUUCGUCCAUGGUCUUACCCUGUCCAAUCUGUCUAUGGAGGACACGGGUACCAUCGUCUUCUCGGCUGAAGGGGUGCGCACCACGGCAAGGCUCACUGUCAAAGAGACGCCGGUGUCUAUCCUGAGGCCACUCGCUGAUGUUCGCGUGGAGGAAGAAUUUCCUGCCACUUUGGAAUGUGAAUUCUCAAGACAAAAUGUUGAAGUCAAAUGGCUUAAGGAUGGGGCCGAGUUGAGGCCUGGAAAGAACUACCGGAUCUAUUCCAUGGGUCGGAAGCGCUUCUGCCAGAUCCUGCUAUGUUCCCGGGCGGACUCGGGCUGUUACACAUGUGACACGGGGGAAAUCAACACUUCCUGUUCACUGCAGGUGUAUGAGCAUGAGCUGGUCAUUGUAAAAGAGCUCGAGGAUCUGUACAUAAAAGAAGAGCAGAACGCCGUCUUCAUGUGUGAAGUUUCUUUGGAGGAUGUGAAUGGAGAAUGGUACAAGAACGACCAACGGAUUCGACCCUCGAGCACGACAAAAAUGCGCACAGAAGGGACCAAACAUUUUCUGCUGAUCUGUAAUGUCACGCCAGAAGACGCAGGAGAAAUCCAUUUUGCAGCCAGGAACCUUAAAUCAACAGCGUACCUGGAAAUCGAAGAGCUUCCAGUUUCUAUCGUAAAACCCUUACGAGAUAGAACGGCUUUAGAGAAACACCGUGUCAUCCUGGAAUGCACGGUCUCCUCGCCACGCAGUAGCGCAACCUGGUACAAAGGGAAACGGGAGCUUGAGUCGUCGGAUCGGGUGGAGAUCGUUGCAGAUGGCUGCUCCCACAAACUGGUGAUCCACCAAGUGGAUGUGGAGGAUGAAGGCACCUACAGCAUUGAGGUUGGGGAGCACACUUCCCAAGCAAAACUUCUGGUUGAAGCCCAGGCCCUUGUGAUGGUAAAAGAGCUGCAAGAUGUGGAGGUGACGGAGCCGGAGCCCGCCUCUUUCCAGUGCGAGGUGUCGGUUGCCAUCAACAAGCCUCCAGUUUGGACUUUCAAUGGAGUGACGCUCCAAGCAGGUCCUGACAUUCGCAUGGAGAACCACGGAACUGUUCACAAGCUUACCCUGAGGAACACCACCGUGGACAUGAGUGGCAUAGUCAAAUUUACAAUGGGCAAGGCUAAAAGCAGUGCAACCCUCAGUGUUUUAGAAAACUAAAAGAAAGAGUCCCUGAUCAAGAUUAAUAAAGAAACAGCCAAAUCAGAACAAAUGAGUCAGAAAAUGUCUAUUUCUACAGUGUAAUAACAGCUAUCAAGAUUUUUGGUUGAUCUUGUGGUACAUUAAUAAUAUUUAAUUUUUAUUUUUUUUAAAUGAGGAUUUCUAUUUUACAAGACAGUUUAUCCCCUUUACUGAAAUGUAUUUUCACUGCCUGGCAACAAUAAAGGAAAAGAUUAAAAAAAAGGUUUUUCACUGUAUCACAAACUUUCAAUUACUUAUCAUUAACAUAUUAAAUAGUUACUGUCCGGUUCAGCAUAUUUUUAAAAAGGCUUUUCAUGGGUUUU